AUGCUUGACUUCUUCGCCAGUCACCGUGUGCUGGCCCAGCAGGAGUGCCUUUCUUGCUGCCUUGGUAUUCGCAUGACAGUGCAUUACAACCUCUUCUGCGGAACCAUUUUGGCACUGGGAAGCGAGGAACAGCGAAAUUGGCUACAAGACGCGCAGAGCGCUGGGCUGCUGGGCUGCUUCAUGCUCACGGAAACUGGUGCAGGUGUGCUUAGUGGCUUGAUCGUGGAGACGGUAGCUACGUGGGUUUGGCUUGACGAUGAGGGGCGAGGAGGUUUCGAGUUACACUCGCCUACACAAUCGGCAGAGAAGACAUGGAUCUCACAAGGUUUGGUGGCUGACUACGGCCUUGUUGUCGCUCAGCUGGUCAUCAACCAAAGGUCCAUGGGGGCUCACGUUUUCCUUGUAGACAUGCAGUCUCCAGGAAUCUCGCGUGAAUGUAUGGGCGAGAAAACUAAUUUUAACGCGCUCGACAAUGCUCGGGUGUCUUUCGAUCGCGUACAGCUGCCGGCAAGCGCCCUGUUAUCAAAACUCUGCAAUGUACAGCCUCGCUGGAGUGGCGACAACUGGCAUGCUGACUAUAUCCACACAGGCAAGCGGCCCCCAACUUUUAUACAGACUGGGCAGCGCUUGCUCUCUGGGCGCAUGUGCAUUUCCGAUUCAGCGAUCACCUACAUGGAGGGUGUCCUUGCUGUGACAAAGAAGUAUGCUGAGGGCCGCUUCGUGUGGGUGGACAAGGAGCGAAAGAUGCCCCUUGCAGAUCUGCCCUACAUGGCAAAGGGCCUGGAAAGUGUGGAGGUGGGCCUUGCAGUGCACAAGGCCUUCCUGUCCCUGGUACAGAGUGACUUUGCCAAGGCCAUCGAGACGGAUUCUGAGCUCUCGCGUUCCCUGGUGACCUUGAUUGCUGCUGCCAAGGUCGAGGCAGUGGACUUUGCCAUCAAGUCACUGGCGCUGCUGCGCCGGGAUGUUGGCUCCUUCGGCCUAAUGGCCGCUUCACCCUUCGGAUCCAGCGACAUUUUACUUUGCUGUCGAUUUGCCGAGGGGGACAGCAGGGUCUUGCAGCAAAUGGUAACUCGCGACCUCAUCCGUGCCCACUCGAAGUUUUCAGCAAUCUUUCGGCUGAUUUGGAGAGUGCUACAGGCGUGGCUGUCAGGGGCGCUUCACGGCUCUGCCAAGCUCCGCUAUCUCAGAGAUCAGCGAUUGCUGCAGCUUCUGUGGAUCUUGGCCAAGCAACAAUGGAAGAAUCGACGGCAAGGUCUAUCCAAGGCCCAGUCAGACAGCGACGCGUGGCUUCAAGCCGGUGAGCUCGUUUAUGACGUUGCGAAGACGCACGCCCAGCAGCUCAUCCACAGCACCGUCGAGGGCAGGUGUGGCCCAAGUGUUGAGACCGUUCGGUUCAUGGACAUGUGCAUCAGCGACU